GCUCAACGCACUGACAAACGGCUCAGGCGCGUAGCAAAGGACUUUAAGCGGCAAACUUUUUGACAACGGUACACCUCCCGGCGCAAUGCUGCGACAUGUAAUUACGUGCUGCAUCGUGGCGUUGUUGCAAGCACUUAGCGGCGGCAUUAACAGCAAGCUAUGCGCGUCAGCCGCGCAUAUGGCGCUGUUCAAGCCCGAAGACUUUGUCAUAGUCAUCAACACUGACCAGCAGCGCUUCAAACUGGCAUUGGCGAGUCGUCCGCUAAGGGUCGGCAUACGCACGUACAUCGCGCUUGACGACGCAACGCGUGCCGAAGAGCUGAACGUGCGGGGCAAUGCGCAUAACGAGACGUAUGCCUUCUUCCCCAACAGGAACACCAGCGGCCCGGAUGCCAACAAGCCUGGCGACACGCGCUGGCAGGCGGCUCCCUUCAUGGCGCACCGGCACUACGGCCCAACCUACAAGUGGAUGCUGCUAGGGGACGACGACACGCUCUGGUUCAUGCUGGGCAUCAAGCGGCUGCUUCACGGCUACGACCCCGCGCUGCCCUACGCCAUCAGCGACCACCUGGGCGACCACAACCCCCGCGGCUUCUUCGUGCCAUCGCCCUUCGCCGCUGUGUGCAGCCCCUGCCAUUGGCCCGACACGCUGCAAGCCAGGCGGAAGGAGCAGCUGCUGGAGCGCGGGCCGGCCUACAUAACACCAGCGGAGGCGGCGGGAUGGGACCCGACCGAGUUGGAUGGGUGGGGCUGGGGCCGGCUGCGGCCGGCGCUGGUCAACGGCACUGGUGAGGAGGCAGCGGCUGCAGGUGAUGCUGCUGGCGCAGCCGGCAGGAGCGCGGUGCCGGGGCGCUUGGGUGGGCGUCGGAGGCGGCGGCGGCAGUGGGCGGGCGGCGCGGGGCGGUCGCUGCUGGAUGAUCAGGAAUCGGAGGAGCAGAUGGGGAGCCCUCCCGACGCCGGCGUCCGCGUCAGCCAGCUGCUAAAGAGCGGGGCGGGGCAGGGCCGGGGGCAGGGGCCGGCGCAGCCGCAGGGCCAAGGACAGGGACAGAGCCAGAGCCACGGCCAGGGCCAUGCCGCGGGGCCGGGGCGGCUGCCGUGGCCUACCGUGGCUCGGCUGCUGCAGCAGUGGCAGCGGCAGGGCUCACCAAAGCUGGCGCCUGCCAACGUGUCAGCGCUGCUACCUCUCGCGUACUACGGCCCAGUCGCAACCGUUGCGGGAUCUGGAUCUGGUGCAGCGGCUGGCACCGCCGCCAAGCCGCCUCACCCGCCUCGGCAGCCGCUGCCUACAGACAACCCCAUCCCGCCGCCGGGCUGCCCCUGCCGCCCGGCUGGCGGCUGCCUGCACCGCGCGCGGCUGUGCCGCGGCACCGGCCGCGGGCAGGAGCUGUGCGGGCGGUCGCUUGUGUUCAAGUCGGGCGGCUUCAGAGGCAACAGCACCUGGUGCCGCCACAGCUGGGCGCACGGCGGGGCGGGGGUGGUGCUGAGCCUGGGCUUGCUGCAGGCCACCACAGGCGGCCCGGUGGAGGAGUGCGCGCGGAGCACGCACGUGCACUCGUGCGACAUGAAUUUGGCCAUGUGCCUCAUGCGCGCCCCGGCGCCGCCUGCCGGCACCAGCGCAAGCGGCGCCGCUGGCGGUAGCACUAGCAGUGGCAGCGGUACUGGCAGUAGCAGCGGCGGUAGCAGUGGAGCAGGGGAGGGCGGCGGGGGCGGCGGGGGCUUCAUGUUCACGCACCCGGGCAACGCGGUGUUGCAGGGCGGCAGCUGGGCUGACCCCCGCUACAUGGUGUUUGACAACCCCGUUUACUCCAAGGUUGUGCACGACCCGCUUGCCUUUGUCGCCGGCCGUGUCAAGUGUGGCAAGGAAGCGCGUGAGAUCGCGGCCGCGGCGGCAGCGGCUGUCGCUGACAGCACCGCCGAUGCGGAAGACGAGGAUGGGGAGAAGGGCGACGGCGAGGGCAAGGGAGCCGCGCGCAAGCAGGCGCGGCGGCAGCUAGUAAGGGACAGCCAGGCUGACCAGAGCGAGGACGAGGGCGAGAGCGGAAGCGGCGGCAGCAGCGGCGAAGGGGCUGACAGCGCCAAUAGCGGUGUUCAUGGAGUCACGCCAAUGGCGCAGCAGCUGCGCGGUGUGAAGCAACACUACAGCGAGUUGGUGUGGUCCAUGGACGGCGGUGGCGCCGGCAGCAGCAGCCGCGGCAGCGGAGGCCGCGGCGGCGCGGACAGCGGCGACGAGGAUCAGGCGAUAUGUGAGUGGCUGGUACGGCACGCCGUGUCCGUGCACAUGCACGGCCGCAGUUAUACGUCGUACGACGAUGCGGCAGCCGCAAUGAGUCACGUGGCGCGGUCGCACCAGAAGGCCAUGCGUGUGCUGUGGGAGCGGCAGCAGCAGCAACAGAAGCAGCGGGCGAUUGGAGGCCGGCUGUAGCUCAUUUUGCGCAUCCGAACACGUGGAGGGCUGGCGUGCGUUUGUUGUUCUCGUGGCUGUACAUGUGUACGGGAGGGGUAUUGAUGCGGACACUGAGUAGUGAUGCAUCGUUCGUAUUCAUGUGCCACUGCAAGUAGUGGUCUACCUCGACAAGGUACUGGUUAUCGAUGAUUGCCGUGUGACUGUAGUGUGGGAGAGCUGUAUGUGGUAGUGGGGGGCUGACAACGUGGGCGGACGGUACUGCCAAGUAUGCCUAGCAGAGCCGGCGGAUGCAAUGCGACUGGGGGUUCUUGAACUGCACGGACGACGAAUAAACGCAUGUGCAAUACACACCGGGGGCCACAGACAACGCGAGCACCAAGGAUACGUGAACAACACAUAAGACUUGGUUGUGAAUGGAACGCCCUGGGGUGCAUGACAAAGGAGUGCCGUGUAGAUGGACGGUAUCAAGGAGCACUUCAAAGCACUUCUGCUGGGUGGUUGCGCGCGGCGUGUCUAUGCGUGCGCAGCCACUUGCAUGAGGACGGCGCUCCUUGGAGCCCCUGACUCCUGGAUACUUCGUAUCAAAGAUCACGUAAGAGGCGAAGGAAAGGCGCAAAGAACGGCCGUGUAUGCACGCAACAUGUGUGUGUGUGUGUGUGUGUGUCUGUGUGUGUGUGUGUGUGUGUGUGUGUGUGUGUGUGUGUGUGUGUGUGUGUGUGUGUGUGUGUGUGUGUGUGUGUGUGUGAUUGAGUGGCAGUGACCGCGGUGUGGUGGUGGCCCGUAACCAUGUUGCGACGGCUGCUACAUGUAAAGCAAGGCUAAC